AUGACCUGGGAAAAUGAAACCUUGAUCACUGAGUUCAUUCUCCUGGGGUUCUCCAGUCUUCUUCAGCUCCAGGUUCUGCUGUUUGUGGUGUUCCUGGUUACUUAUGUGAUAACCCUAAUUGGUAACAUUCUCAUUGUCCUAAUAACAAUGGUGGAUACUGCCCUACAAAGCCCCAUGUAUUUCUUCCUCCAAAAUUUGUCCUCCCUAGAGAUCUGCUUCACAUUAGUCAUCAUCCCUAAAAUGCUGGUGAAUCUCCUCUCAGAUAACAAAUCUAUUUCCUUCCCUGGCUGCAUGUUGCAAAUGUAUUUUUUCUUCUUCUUUGGCAGCACAGAAUGCUUUCUCUUGGCAGCCAUGGCCUAUGAUCGCUAUGUAGCUAUAUGCCACCCACUGCGCUACACAGUUAUUAUGAACAGGAAGGUGUGCAUCCGACUGGCAGUGAGUUCAUGGAUCUCAGGCAUUCCUGUGGGGACUGUGCAGACCACAUGGUUGUUUAGUUUUCCAUUCUGUGGUCCCAAUGAAGUCAAUCACUUCUUCUGUGAUAGUCCCCCAGUGUUAAAGCUGGUGUGUGGGGACACGUACCUCUUUGAGAUGUAUGCUGUGACUGGCACAAUUUUAAUUAUACUGUUCCCCUUCAUUCUUAUCCUGUUCUCCUACAUUCAAAUCAUUGCCACCAUCCUGAGGAUGCCCUCAGCUGAACGUAGACACAAAGCGUUCUCCACCUGCUCCUCUCACUUGGUGGUUGUGACUCUAUUCUAUAGCACAGCUUCCUUGACUUAUUUCCGGCCCAAAUCAAGCUAUUCCCCAGACACUAAGAAGCUUCUCUUUCUUUCCUACACAGUCUUCACACCCAUGUUAAACCCCAUUAUCUACAGCUUGAGGAACAAAGAGGUAAAAGGUGCCCUCAAGAGAAUGAUCGGUAAGAAAAUAUAUUCAUGGAAACUGUAA